GCAAUUGAACUAAAGGACCGCAGGCAGCUGUACACGAGCAUCCUCUAUUCUCCACACGCGCCCACAUCACACAGUCAAUGGAUUACACCUUCUCUCUCCAAGUGCAACACCAUCUGACCGUGUACCCAACGCACUUAUACGAGGACUACAGUUUAGAGUUACAGAUGAAGUCAACAGAGGUGGAUCAAGGCCUUUUCACAGACAGUUACUGCAAAGUGUGCAGCGCUCAGCUCAUCUCAGAGUCACAGAGAGUGGCGCAUUAUGAGAGCCGGAAACAUGCAAACAAAGUUCGUCUGUAUUAUAUGUUGCAUCCAGUAGACGGGGGAUGUCCAGCUAAGAAGCUCAGAACAGAUGACGGGAAUGAGGAGGGAGAUGUGGAUAAAAACAAGUGCUGUACACUGUGUAACAUGUCCUUUACUUCAGCGGUGGUAGCGCAGUCUCAUUACCAAGGCAAGAUCCAUGCUAAGAGGCUCAAACUUCUGCUGGGGGAACAGCCUGCCAUAACAGCUAAAGAGGUGCCACCUAGUCCAGUGAAUACACCCUCCUCAGAAACCUCACCUUUGAGCUCAAUCCGUCAGCACCGGGAUUCUGAUCGCUACUGUCAGCUGUGCAAUGCUUGGUUCAACAAUCCUGGAAUGGCACAGCAACACUACGAUGGAAAAAAGCACAAGAAGAACGCAGCACGUGCAGAACUUCUGGAACAAUUAGGGAAGACUUUAGACAUGGGAGAGAUGAAAGGUCUAAAACGCUGCUACACAUGUGAUGUCUGCAGUGUCACACUGAAUUCAGUGGCACAGUAUCAUGCACACCUGCAGGGCUCCAAGCACCAAAACAACCUAAAAAAUCAGCUGUGUGUCCAGUGAACCAAUAGGAAAAACAAGAUGAUUGGAUUGAUGUCAGACAAGCUGUGAUCAGCUUGCCCAGGAUGUUCUGCCUCUAUUCUGUCCUCCCUUUCUCUCCUUCUUUUACUCUGUUGUCUUACUCUCAACUUGACUGCAAAAGAAGAUUGAAGAUCCUCUUAAAGUCAGCCUUUAGUCAUCCCGAACCCUUCCUCUUCCUCCUAGCCUCCUCUACAGCAGCUCUGAAUCUCUGGAAGAGAGGUGACUUCAUCCAGUGACACCCAUCUGGUACUUAUUCUGUUAUCACACCAGAGGUUUAUAUAGCUAAUCUCAGUCAGUUGUUGUGUGCAUGACUGAAUACUGUAUUUGUUGUCACUUUCUCAGCUAAGCAAUAUUUGUCCAAAAU